AUGACCACCCGAAAAAUUGUGCCUCAAUCGCUGAUUCUCUGGCUAAUGAUUCUCGGUACGUGGCGUUGCACCGGUGAAAAGUUAUCUCCCGAUCAGAAGGCGCCUUUGUUUGCUCGUGGUUCUGGCGGACUGGCUUUAAAUACGCCGUUCGAGGAUAAUAAAGCUAGGAAUCGUCCGAAUUUGAACGUAAAUGCGCCAGUGGAUGACGUACAAAAAGAAGAAACGGAAAUGCUGAAAUUGGUGGACGGUGAGCUAGUGCGAACUGUAAAAGGGAGCUUCUCUUACCAAAGCCCGGAAGGCCUUCCCAUCUCUGUUAAGUAUGAAGCUGACGAAAACGGGAAUAGAGCCAGCUUCAAGUUUGGUACCGGCGACGCUAGUAGUGGCAGUUUGUCCUCGGCUGGUCGUACUUCUGGAUUAGGAGGCCAAAAUGGACGUGGCGGUGGUCAGGAACCGAACGGAUCUAAAGGCUAUCCACCAUCGAAAGACGUCGGCAGAAGUUACCUACCGCCACAAUAG